AGCUAGGUUAGGAAGCCUGGCCAUACUUGUGACAAGUUUAGGGUUUUUUGGAUUUGUCACCAAUUUGUGGUUCAAAAAUUAUAAAAAUAAAGCAAUUUGCACUCUUAAUUUUAUUAUUAAAUGCGAUGGAAAUUGUUAAUGCAAACAGCGCGACUUUGAGUAAUUUCGAGGUUAUGAAACACCUACAACGGAUUAAGGACAGCCGGAAAAAACACAAGGGGCAAUUAGCGACGAUUACGUAUGAGACUUUGCGUUACUUGGAAAAUACUCCUUGUGCCCAACAAAGCCCACAGUCAAUUACUGAGUGUUUGAAGGACUUGGAGCCGUUUAAUUUGAACAAAAAUGAGAAAUUAAUGCUGAUUAAUUCGCCCCCUACGACGGCUUUAGAGAUUCAAUUGAUGAUUGAAGAAAGUGAAGAAAGGCUCACGGAAGAACAAGUUGAGCAAAUUUUACAGAUCGUGCUUCAGCACUUCCCCCACAUCCAAAAAAGCCAAGAAAACGAAACAACAGAGGAGCAGGAAUAAUUUUGUGAUUGUAUUAGGAUAGUAAAUAAUAAAACACUGGCGUGAAAAACGACAUAAUGUAUUGAGAAUAAGUAUAAAUACACGAAUUUAUGAUAA